ACACGGUCUAAAAAUAGCAUUGUCAAAUACGAACUCAUACUGUGUAGACUAGAGUGUAGGCUGAAAACUGCAUCGAUAGCUUCUGUAUUGUUAUUAUUCGCGUAGCUUGAAGCAAAUGAAUAAAUAAUAGACUCCGAUUAAUUGAUAAUCAUACAUAAACUUCAAUCCGUUUUUAUCUGAACAGUUAUCAAUUGGAAAUGUCAAACCAACUCUGAUUAAGCGGAAAUCAGAACAUGCCAGAAUAAGGUAGAAAAAGUAUUGAAUAACAAUGGCGAAGUUAACAACAUAGCAACCUAUUGGAAAUUAGUUCACUCCGUUUCAUGCAAGAAGAAACUCGUGGGGAGUAAAGCAAGAAAAUAAAAAUAGGGGGAUUUUAUUUUAUUCAUUUGCUGACAAGAGUUUUGGAAGAAAAAUGAUACAACAGUUAUUAUCGUCACUCCUGGUCUUUGUUCUUUGUGUGCCACAUUGUCAUGGGGGCUGUGCAGAGGUGGACUCCAUGACAGAGGCGGUGGCCGGGGAGAGCUUCCUCAUGGGCUGCAUCUCCUGUAAGAGGAGAGAGGAGGUCCCGGCCUAUACCACGGUUGACUGGCACUUCAGAGCCACAGGAGAGGAGGAGUACAUCCAUAUCUUUCACUAUGACCACCCACACCCCAACACCCUCCAUGAGGACUUUAACGACCGGCUAGAGUGGCAGGGAACAAUGGGGAGCAAGGAUGUACAGAUAGGAGCCAUCUUCAUUCACAACGUCACGUUUAAUGACACAGGCACCUAUCGCUGCACCUUCCAGCGCACCCUAUUCCUCCCAUUGGAUAAUGAAUAUAUCACAGUGGAAAAGGAGGUGGAGCUUACUGUGGUGGCCGAAGCCAAUCGGGAGCUGUUGUCGGUGGUGUCAGAGAUCAUGAUGUACGUGCUAAUUGUGGUGCUGCAACUGUGGAUGAUCGUGGUGCUGAUCCACUGCUACAACAAGAUCUGGGCUGAACACGAGGCGCGGGAUGCCCGCAAAGCCCUGAGGGCCCGAAAACUGGCCCUAAUAAAAGAACCUUUAGACUCAAAGGACAAUUGUGAUGGAGUGCUUCUGGAGUGACUUGUUUCAGUAAACAUCAAAGGUGGAGAACUCUGUCACAAGCAACUGUUACCACUACACCACAAGGCUAUUAUAUCAUAGAAAUAGAAUUUGAAUGUCUUAGCCUAGUGUGUAACACAUGCAGUUUCCAAUGUACUUGAUUUACUGUACGAGGUAGUUGCAGCUGGAGUGAGUGGUGAUUAGAUUAACAGGUGGUGCCGAAUAGCCUUAGUGUGUCAGCUCAACAGAGAAUGUCAUCACGUGAUGGAUCAACAGUUCUGACAAAGCUCUGAUUACAGAUGGUUCCACCUGAGCUACAUAGAAAGCUUUGGCAGAAACUACCGUGCAUCUACACAGGUCUCAUCUGCAACCAUGUUAUUACAGAUUGUUUUAAAUCGCUUUAGGGCUAUUUUCACAAGUAUGUGGUACAUUUUCACAACUCUUAGAACAAAAUACCAAACUAGUCACACUUGUAAUGCAGCAAGUCUUUCAUUCAAAACCUGUCAUUGUGCAUUCAUUUGGAUUAUAAACAUCUCUCACCACACAACCAUUGAUUCAAGUUUAUUGUGAAAUGUAAUGAGAAUUGGUUUAAAAUCACCUAAACACAACAAUAUCUUUGUUACAGUACUGUUAAUUACAGUAGAUUCACAGUUUUCACAUUAGGCAAUACACUUACAUUACCCAACAAAAUUGACAGAAAAUGUAUCCAAUGUGUGAUCAAAGGUGUGAUCAAUGAAAAUAUCCUCUACAAUCAUUCAUGCAUAUUAAAAAUAUAUAUAUAAUUGCAACAUAGGUGUACUGUCUGUAAUCAAAUGUAACAAAUUAAAUUAAAAUAAAACAACAUUUAGCAUGCAUUAAUUUGCAUCAA